AAUAGAUAUUUAUAAGAGUUAUACAUAUACAGUAUUAGCAACAACAACAAGAGUAAAAGGAACAGAACAAGAAAAUGUCCUGCAUAUCGAGCAAUUUUAGCUCAUUCUUUCUCAACUCACUGAAUGAUCCUUCAGAGUUUUCCAAGUACUUGAGCAAUGGCGAACUGAAAUGCACAAAUUUCGAGGAAUUUCAAGUGUUUGCGCAGUCAACGCAGCAGCAGCAGCAUCAACAACAGUAUUUACACACAAAUGGCGUCGGCAGCGCAGAGUUCGGCUAUGAGGCAGCGACGUCGCAGUCGCAGCGUGAUGCUGCCGCUGCCGCUGCUGGUACCGAACCAGUGACAGCGACAGCGCUGCCGGCGUCGCAGGCGCUGCUAAGCAAUCGCUGGCCGACAGCGGUGGCCACACCAAACGGACACGCGCCGGCUGCGAACGCCGCUCAGCAUUUUGAUGGCUCCUUUGAGUUUAUUAAAUAUCUGCGUCACUCCACUGAUUUCACGCCAAACAGUGGCAGCGGCGUCGGCAUAGCGGAUGGAGCCGACAGCGCAGCAACUGCGGAGAAAUGCAGCAAGCUUACAGCAGCAGCAGCAGUAGGAGGAGGAGGAGUUGGUGGAAGUGGAGCAGGAUCAGCAAGCAGAGUCACACCCCCUCCUCUGCCCGCCUCACCAGUGGGAGCUAGUGUCUGUGGGGGAGGAGGAGGAGGAGUUGGUCUUCUCGAUCUCGACUCCUCGACAAGCAUCUCCCAAAAGUCGCGCUCCGCCUCCCGCAAAGUCGCCGCCCUGCUCUCUUCCGUUUCGCGCUCUUCCAACAGCUUGGACGCCAACUCCUCCACGUUGGACGCUGUCUUCGAUCACGACUCGAAGCAGACGAUCUUCGAGCUGCAGUUGCAGCACAUGACGAGCACCUCGAAUGGCUCGAAUGCCUCCAAUUCAAAUGAAUCAUCAUUGGAGUUGCUCGCCUUUCCCAGCUCCCAUCUGAAUGCCUCCAACUCGAAUACCUCCUCGGAGGAGCAUUGUGAAUUUGGUGGUUUGAGUGGUUUAAGUGGCACCAGUUGCUCAUCCGCAUCCGCAGUUGGAUCUGCUCCCAAACUGUUGGGCAGCUUUGUGAUCAAGGAGAACUUCGAUGUGCAUCCCUCGCACAAGGUGGAGGAGGGCAUCUUCCAGCACAUGAACAAACUGCCCUCCAAGAAGAAGGACACCCUCAAGCAGCUGGGCGUCCGUUUCACUGGCCAAAUGACACUGACGGACAAAUCGAUUGUUGUCGACAAUUUCAUUAAAUUCUGCGAGGAAUACGAAAUCAAGGAUCAUCGGCCGUGGUUAUCCUUAAAUCAAUGUGGCCUCAACAAACCCGAACAAAUCAAAUUUGCGCGUUAUUUGGGCCAAGGGUUGCCAACGUUCACGCUCUUUUGCAUUUAUAGCAAUUUUAAGAAUCUAUUUUGCACCAAACGCACAGAAAUCUAUACCAAGGAUGGCUACAAUCUGCCUUAUAUACUCGAUAAAACCAAGCGCUUCUUGGCCAACACAACAGCUGGCGAAAAUACCAACAAUAAUAACAACAACAACAAUAAUAACAAGACCAACACCACAACAACAUCCACACCGGUCAAACAGACACAAGAGCAAUGUGAAUCGGCGCCUGCAUCGCCAGCAGCAGCAGCAUCAAACACACCAACAACAGCAACAGCAACGAUGCCCACACACAACAACAACAGUAACAACAACAACAGCCACAAUACACAUGCAACAGGCAACAGCAGCACGCAUUUACACACGACACAGCCAACAGCAGCAGCAGCGCAGUCGCAGCCGCCGUCGUCGUCAGCAGCAGCAGCAGCACGCACAAUGACACCCACAGGCACGACCAUGCCCAGGCCAGGAACGCCCACAACGCCAGCCGCAACAUCAGGAGCAGCAACAGCAACAACGCCUCAUCCGCAACAUCCACAUUUGAUGCAGCCACAUAUGUCGCAUCAUUUGCAGCAACAGCAGCAGCAACAACAACAACAACCGUCAACGCCAACUCGUGUCACGCCCAUGACGCCGCAGCAACAUCCACAUGCACAUGCACAUGCACAACCACAUCAUCACCAGCAGCAGCAACAGCAACAUCAUCCUCAGCAUCAUGUGGCACCGCCGCAUCCACAUCAAUAUUCGCAUCCACACCAACAGCAGCACCCGCUUCCACAUCCGCAUUCACAUCCACAUUCUCAGCAACAUCCACAUCCCCAUCCGCAGCAACAUCCACAUCCUCAUCAUUUCGCCUACGCACAUCCGCACUAUGGUUUGCCACCUCAUCCGCAUUCACAUCCGCAUCCACAUCCACAUGCCCAUAUGGCAGCAGCAAUGGGAUAUGGACAACAGGUGGCGCCACCGGCGCCCACAUCGACAGCACAACCGCCUCAGAUGCCGCCACAUGCAUUGCCGCCCAGCAUGUGAGAUUGGCGUCGGCGUGGCGCCAAAUAUGGCGGCAGUGGCGCCACCUGUUGACAAUCGUAUGCUGCUCCAGCUACCCAAAAUGCCCCAAAACUACUAUUACUAGCUUAUAAUUUAAUUCU